AUGUGUAGGGAUGCUUCUAAGAAGAGCGGCAGUGUGAGUACCAGUCAGAGACCUGAGUUAAGAGAAAGCACGGGGCCGAAGCUGAGCAUUCCGCGAAAGGUCUUUGCCAUGAGUGGAGUGGAGGCUUUACAAUCUGAGGAGUUGAUCAGAGGUAAAUAUGUUAUAAAAGGGAGGUUAUUAGAUGUGUUAUUUGAUUCUAGUGCUAUGCACUCGUUUGUUUCCGUGGAUUGUGUGAAAUGCUUAGGUUGGUCUGUAAUUGAAUUACCAUGUAAUGUUGUGGUGACUACUCCUACGGGUAAACUGGUCGUAACCUCUUGGGUGUGUCUGGGAUUUUCUAUGAUGGUACAUGGUAGGAGCUUUGAUGCAGAUUUUAUUUAUUUGCCUCAUUCCCAAUUGGAUUUGAUUUGGGGAAUGGAUUGGUUGUCCACCAACCAUGUCUCGUUGGACUGUAAGGAGAAGACCUCGAUCUUUGGUGCAUUGACAUCAGAAAUUCCUAAACUUUUAAGUCAAAGUGCGUGGGAGAACACAGUUAAUGCUAAGGCCUUUAUGGUUAUGUUCUCACUAGAAGCUGAAAGUGGAGCUUUAAUGUUAUAA